GGAUUUUUGUGUUGGUGUCGUGCUGAGGUGGUGAUGGCAUCGAAUCCUUCUGCGGUUCUUUUCAAGACGGACGACUUGAAAGUGGUUGACAGGCCUAUCCCUAAGCCCGCACCAGGCCAGGUUCAAAUUGCUAUGCAUCGUGUUGGUAUAUGUGGGUCUGAUGUCCACUAUUGGACACAUGGUGCUAUUGGUGACUUCAUUGUGCGUGCUCCCAUGGUUAUGGGUCAUGAAUCUGCUGGCAUUGUCAAUGAGGUAGGGGAAGGUGUCACGACAUUGAAAAUUGGUGAUCGUGUGGCCAUUGAGCCUGGAGUUCCAUGCCGACGAUGCGACUAUUGCAAGACUGGCAACUACAAUCUCUGUCCUGACAUGAAAUUUUGUGCCACGCCUCCUGUCGAUGGAUCAUUAGCCAGAUAUUAUGUACAUGAAGCUGAUUUCUGUUUCAAGCUUCCUGAUCAUGUAACAUUAGAAGAGGGAGCUCUGCUUGAGCCUCUCAGUGUGGGCGUUCAUGCUUGUAACCGAGCUGGAGUGAGGAUGGGCAGUAAAGUCCUUGUUUGUGGAGCUGGUCCAAUUGGACUUGUCAAUCUACUUACUGCGAAGUCAUAUGGAGCAUCAAAAGUAGUCAUAACAGAUCUGGACAGUAACAGAUUGCAGAAAGCAAAAGAAAUGGGAGCCGAUUGUUGCAUCCAAGUGAGCAGAGACAUGACAGCGAAAGACAUUGCUGUGAAAGUGAAGGAAUAUCUUGGCGAUCUCGCCACACAGACGAUUGAAUGCACAGGAGCUGAACCAAGUAUUUGUGCUGGAAUAUACUCGACUCGAUCUGGUGGAACGUUAGUUCUGGUCGGUCUUGGCAAACCUGUGGUCAAUAUUCCCAUUGUUGAUGCAUCAGUGAGGGAAGUAGACAUCCGUGGUAUCUUUCGCUACAGAAACUGCUAUCCAACUGCACUCGAGAUGGUUGCCAGUGGAGCUGUCGAUGUGAAGCCUCUUGUUACACAUCACUAUGAGCUGGAACAAACAUUGGAUGCUUUCAAGACAGCAAACAACCCGACCAGUGGAGCCAUCAAGGUCAUGAUCAAGUGCAAUGUGGAAUAACACACUGACGUCCCAGUAUGUGUCGCUAACCGAUUUCAUUGUAUUUGUAGUCAUCACUCACACUUAUAUAUUUGUUUUUGCUGCAAGUAUAUUCAAAUGUCAGUUUGAUAUUAAUCAAUAAUUUUAAA